GAAUUUAGAGGCAGUCAGGAAUCGGCUCUAUCCCGCUGUCCGGGCAACCUUUUGCUGUGUUCCAUUCGUGCACACGUUCUAGCUCAAUAUCCAACUUGAGAGCCUCUUUAUGUUCCAACGAGUCGAAUUGUUCCGCUAACUGCUGAUUUAAAUGUCUCGAGCUCAAUAAUGAGGCCUGCAGCUCUAUGUGAUCGAAGUACUGCAUCGAUAUAAAAACUCGCGGAUCGAAAACAUGAGAUACAACAGAUAUGGGAUUUAAAAGGAUUUUGUUACUAUGUUGUCAUUUGCUGGUUAUAAAAGAUGUUUGUGUUGUUGCCGGAAGUUCGCCAUCGGUAAAAAGAGCUGACUCGAAAAAGGACCAUUGCAACAAGACGGUGGAUAUCUACGAAGAUGUGUCCAGUCCAGAGCUGACCCCCGAAAAUUUGGGACAGCCGAUGACCUGCUGGUACAGGUUUCGGUCGUUUCGUGGUGCUCCAAAGGACUGGAUCUUACGUGUUAAAUUCAACAAGUUCAAAGUGGGAAAUCUGGUCAAUGCCACUCACUGUGAAGGCGGAUUUAUGCAGAUCGUGGACGGAAAUGGAAAGACGGACGUAUCCAACAGGAAAGAGCCAGGAAUGUAUUGCGGCGAGAGUGAACAGCCUCAAACGUUCAUGUCGGAAACGUCCUUCGUAAAGAUGCUGUUCCACGUGGAAAAUUUCACCGAUCAAACGUAUUUCAGCUUCGAUACGAGGGCGGAACAGCAACUGGUCGUCUAUUUGCGAUAUGGUCAACAUCCGGAACUCUACCCCAAUAGACGUGGAGAAGUUGUGCAAGGGUCUUACUGUGAGCGAAUCUUCAAAGACUGUCGCCUCCAAACAUGCUACGUGCAAUCGCCCGCUUAUCCAGGCGUUUAUCCCAGAAAUCUGCACUGUCGAUACUACCUGAACACCCGGCUGCCCUUCAUUAAGCUCUACAUAGAAAACGAAGAGUUCAACAUCGACGGCCAACGAUGUGAAAACAUCAUGACUUGCCCCAUGAGGCCGAUAUCAUCCGGAAAAGAAAACUGCCCCUACGACUACAUCAAGAUCCACGAUGGAAAGAACGAGCUGAGUCCAGUUAUAGGGAUUUUUUGCGGCAUGGGAAAGUUUCCUUAUUCCAUUAUUGGCACUUCGCAGGAUCUUUUUGUGGAAUUUGUCACAUCGCCUGCAGGUCCGCUGUUAAAUACUGGAUUCCACUUCAACGUUGGAAACUGGCCAGGUCACGUUGAUACAGCGGGCAGCAGAAAUGGUACUUGCGACUGGCUCCUGUCCUCUGAGAGCCUCAGGGCCUCCAGAGACUCAGAAGGGAUAUUUUUGUCGGUGGCUCAUUGGUACCCUCCUCACACUAGCUGCACCUACUUGAUGCAGGGCGAAGAAGGAGAAAUCGUCCGGCUUUAUUUCCCCAGUUUCAGGAUCAAUCGUAUCGAAUCGCCCAUUCAGCCCACUGAUAGUGACUGUGGUGAAUCGUUGACUCUGUACGACGCUUCAUGGGCGGACGAUUCAAAAAUCAUCAAAACCUUCUGUGAUACAUUUUCGAAAGCAAUGGAAAAGUACAAUUUCGUUUCAACAGGAAAUUCGCUGUUUGUUAAAUUUGAAAGUCAAACCGGUAGUUAUAGCGGCUCGUCUUUGUACUACUGGGCCCAUUACGAUUUCUUCAAUAACACCAAACUGGGCGAACCAGUUCCAGGGAAGAAAUGCGAUGAAGUAUUCGCAUCCUGGAAGCAAUCAAAGGGAUGGAUGCGAUCGCCACUCAACACCCUGAUUUACAAGCAACAGCAUACUAAUGAGGACGUUUCGUGUCUUUAUCGCUUUGUCAGCGAUAAGCGAUUAUUUUCCCGAGUAAUCCUGACGAUUACUUGUGUAAAUUUCAAGGAUAACCCCUAUAAUAGCGGUCCUCGGAUCAAUUGCAUUGAGGAUCGAGUGGACAAGCUCGUGAUAUGGGAGCCUUUACCACCUGGCGCAAACUCCUCUCACAGCCCAACUCCUUUGAGUAAAGCCAUGCAUUCUGGUGAUGUUACUUGUAUUUGUAAGCGACAAUCGUUCUCUACGCAGAUCGUCUCCAAAAGUGAACACCUAAAUUUGCAAUUGAUUGUGGACAGUACUCACAGCGCCCAAAGCUACUUCAAACAACCGAGUCCCCUGUUUGAAGCCACAUAUGAAUUCGUCCAUGGACCUUUAUGUGGCCCGGCCAUUAUCCACCCCGUAACCGAUGGGGAAAUACACUAUCCAUACUACGAAGCCAUUGGAUAUGUUGAACCUCCAAAGUCUAUACGGUGUAUUUGGGAAGUGAAAGUCAGCAACGACAGAGACCUUUGGUUGCAUUUCGACCACAUCAAGUUCAACUCCAACGCUUGCGAUGAUGGAAUAGUGGACAUCUUCCUCAAGGGCAGGCCCAAUCCGUUCCUGUCGCUAUGCGGACAAAAUGUGUCACUUGUUAAAGAAAUUCCGAUUUUGUCCUCAAAGGAGUUAAGCCCUGAUGGAGGCGAACCUUCCAUCACCAUCCAAUUUAUCGGCCGAUCCUCACCCACCAGGGCAGCAUUUAAGAUUACUUGGACGGAGCUGUUCCAUUUGCCCCGAAAUAUAGAUGGAUCGGUCAAAACGUCGAAACUUGUUGAAGGAGGAGCCUCCAAUGAGCUGGAGGAAUGCGAAUUUACAUGUCCUGGGGAGCUUGGAGUUUGUAUUCCCGCUCGACUCGUUUGCAAUGGAGUGAUCAACUGCCCGAAUGCAACUGACCAUAAAGGUUCGUUCUACAAUGACGAAUCUCCGGACGUUUGUGUGCAAGUUUCCACCGCAAAAAUCAAUUGGUUUUAUGUUGGAGCCGCCACAAUAUCAGUUAUGUUAUUCUUGUGCGGUUGUUGUAUAUUUUUAUGCCGCAAGUGUUACACGGACUGCUCAACUCGAGAUUAAUUUAUAAGACGUUUUCAAUUCCAAAGCCUUAUAAUGUCGACUACGAAGUCGGGUAAGAAAAAAAGCCACGCAAGACAUCCAAGUUGAAAUCAACAGGUGAAACUUUUCUUGAUUAAAAUACGGUUUUUAAAAAAUCAUUGAAUUGAACACGAAAUUAUUGAGGCAAAGAAACAAUCCAUGAGUUAUUUUUCCCUCUUCCGCUCAAUUGGACAAUUUUCUUCUUACCCAGCUGUUGUCGGAGCCUUACUGUAAUAAACUGUUGAUACAUAAAAUGUCCUGAAGGAUUCAAUCUAUCCAUAAGGACAGUUCGGUAGUUGACUUGUUUUAAAACAUACGAUUUGUAAAUAUCAAAUAGCGUUUAUGGACCAGGCCGUUUGGGCGGUAGUGUUUAAAUCCUCCUAUAUCAUCUUAUUUCUAGUUGCCUGUAAAUAUAGUGAUUAUUUACCUUUGUCGUGGAAAAUUCGUAGCUUAACUUUCUAGAUCUUUAUUUGGCUGAUUCCCACUGUGUUUUACUUCUUUGUUUGCUCUGUGUAUUGGCCGAAAUCCCAAGAGUUUUACAUAGUCUUUACAAGUAAUGAUAAAAGUGUAAAUAGUUUCAAAAGUACCCGUAAGUGAUUAAGGAGUUAAGUUAGUCGAGGUGAUAGAUUUUGUGUAAAUGUAAAACGACCCGGCACAGAAAUUACCAAAAUGCACCGCCAACUGAGAGCAAAUCCCUGUAUGAAAACAGACUAGACUAAACAUGCGGUGGAAACUGUGCAAGAAGCAAUUAUAGAUAAAACGGCAUCCGCAUGAUUUUACUCGGCAUUCAGUAGCAAGUUCACUUUUGUGAUGGCGCACUUCAGUCAACUAUCGAACUACUUAUAAUUUAGCUGUAAAUUCAUAUGUUAGAAUAUUAAGAUUCCCUAACUCUAAGAACACAUGUUUUUAAAAUAAAUUUUUGAAAAAUC